CGCACACCAUUCGACACAAAGUCCAGCAGUUAGCAGCUCAGCACACACACACCCGCCGUUCUUCUAGACUGCUUCCGCUGCCUAACCCGCCCACGCAAAACGCAAGGGAGUGGUUCAACUCACAUUAGCGUCUUCUACCGCUCCAACGCCUUAGCUGGUCGGCCUGCCGCCCGCCACACGCUGCCGUCCGUCGUCUGAUCAGAUCGACCUAAUCAAAAUCGACACGACGCUUGAACGUCCCCCGAUCAGAUCAGUUUGGAGACUUAGCGCCUGUCAGCCCUGACAAGACAGAGCUAGAACUGGAGCUAGGUACCUGCCUAUCUACAGCGAGGCACCAUAACAUUUUGUACCAACCUGACCGACCAACAGAAACGCUCGGCGCACAUCUUACCUCUUUCCAGCAUUGGUUUAGAUAGCGGCGAUUCCCCCGACCUCGUCUCCUCCACAAAAUCCAUCCAUCCCUCCCCCCCGCUCGCCAAAGCACGGCCACUCUUGGUUCGUCUGGUCUCCUUUUGUAUUUUUUUUUAUUCCUACUCUUUCAUUCGACAUUCCUGUUCAGCCAUCCUGUCCACAUUCGAUUUCAUCCAUCAUCUCAUCUAAUCCACAAUUCGAAAUUGGCAGAGGUAUCGGACCUUUGACCACCAAUUUCUCGGACUGUCUUGCACUUCACCUCCGAUCGUGCCCUGUACAUGCACCUCUUUCUACCCACCUGUACCUCAGGAAAUUACGAUCAGAAAUCAGGGAAGCAGAUGUGCUGGGAGUAAACAACAUCCCAUAUACUGAGAUCGGUUAUGGAAGCGGGCGAUUCCGUGCCCAGGCAAAGUGCUCCCCUUUCGGCCAGCAACAACUACUCCGAUUACUACAGCCAACGUUCGAGGGAACCUCUCGACAGGCCGCCUCUGAGGCAAACUUCAUCCACAAUGGCUACUGCUGCUCUGAUCAAUCCGAGCACUCACUACUCGCAUCACUCACCAUACGCUUCGGCCUACACAUCACAUCCGAAUUCGGCCUCCAGCGCGCAUCCUCCGCCGCCGCCGCCGCCUACUAUGGUCUCUCCCGUCGACUCCGCCCGGAGAUCUGACGACAACGAGACACCACAUCGCCAAUCCCUGCCAUCAAUUCGCGACAUAAUUGGCAAGAGCAGCGAUGGUCCUCCCGGAGCUAACAGUUUACCGUCGCCUUUCUCGACUCACUCUUCAGCACCGCCGCCGCCACCACCACGCUCGUACAAUGACCAACCUCAGACACGCGAGAAGCCUCCGUCGCCCAGGCAGCCUGAAAGGACAACUAGCUACUCGCGUCCUGAGCCUCUUCCGCCAUUUCAAGAUAGCUCGCGAGCUCCUCCACCGCGACCAGGUGUGCCAUCGUUGAGCAUAUUUGCUGGCGGAAACCCACCAAAGCCCAACUUGCCUGAGAUUUCAGAAAGGAGACACCACCCAGGGCCGCCGCCACCACCACCUGCUAUGGAAAGCCAAUCUGCUGGUCAAUAUGUCCAUCACGCUCCGCCGCCUGCCCAUGGCCCGCCACAAGCUCCUCCACCUCCGCCUUCGUCGCAUGCGCACAUGCCACCACCAUUGUCAGCGCCGACUCCUCCAUACACGAGCGGAUCAGCACCUCUCCCUCCAGGCCAGUUGCCGCUCUCUGCCUAUCCGAUAUCUCCACGAAACCCCGCGCCGUCCAUGACUUCUCCUUACAAUACGCAACGGCCACCAAUGGGUCCCGAAGAGGCCGAGUAUGCAGCGCGGAAUCAAUUGAAGUACAAUGCGCCCCCGGGCCGCCCUUACGAGUCGUGGAGCUUCGCUGAGUCGCUUGCUAAGGUCGGUGGAUCUGCACAUGUUCUCUUAUCAUUCGCCGACAGAUAUGCCCAAAUUGCGCAAGACGAGCCAGUGCCUUCCAGGAUGCCGAGCGAUGCAGAGAUUUCUGACAUGGUCGCAAAUUGCGAGCACGUUAUGAUUGCACUGGAUGCCCUGCGCAACCAGAGGAUGUAUCUGAGCAACGAAUUACACCGCGAAGGAGCUCCCAGGCCGAGUCGAGGUUAUGGCGGCGAGGACGAGGACGUGAAUAUGUACAACGACGGCAUGAAGCAGAGCUACAACGUCAUGGAGACGAAGAAGCGCCGAGGGCGUGCUGCACCCCCCGGACGCUGCCACAGUUGCAAUCGCAUGGACACCCCUGAAUGGAGGCGUGGACCUGACGGGGCGAGGACCUUGUGUAACGCCUGCGGCCUUCACUACGCCAAACUGGAGCGAAAGAAACAGAUGGAGCGAGGGCAAGCAAGAAAGGAUGCUGCCAAAUGAGAACUGCAUUCUGUCGACAAUCUACACAGUCGAAUAAAAAAAGGAAAAAAAAAGACCAAAGGAAGCAGUUGUUUGAGGCGCCCACGCUACCACAAAUUAAAACAACCAACAAACGAAAGACCAAAACGACAACAUAUAUACAACUACAUGCAUUUGCUUUGGUUCAGGAAUGACAUAUCUGGAUUUGCGUUUUGCGGACAGGACAUUCCUCUUGCCGUCAAGUGUCAACAAGGACACUCUCGAAACCCAGCAUCGCGACGCGACAUGAUAGAAAAGAAAAGAAAAGGAGGAUAUCUGUGGGAUUUGUUAUUUGUUUUACUUUCUUCUUCUCUCCCCCCUUCUUGUUCGGUCUUUCCUAAUACCCCCCCGAAUAUGCCAACAUAUCAAUGCCCCAUUCUACGAGCUUGUAAAGAAAGACGUAUAUAUACCCCUGGGACUACCCACUUCUAUUAACACCGACUUAUUUCUUAUCCCUUUCCUUGGUUUACUUCCCCUCAACCUUGGAUUCAAACACAGCAUUGCACGGCGCCAUUUCUACCUAUUUUUUGUUCGAGUCAUUGUUUUCUUCCUCUCGCUUUUAUACGAUAAGAACUUCGCGGUUAUUUCUUCCUUAUACUGAAUGAGCAAUUGUGCUUAAUGUAUAUGCAGCAAUGGAGUUUCCAUUGAAUGGGUUUUGGAGACAAGACCGGGUUGAUCCUUCGGGAUGAUGAAAGCCUAUCUCUAGAUCUAAAUCCAAUUGAUUACGAUAUUUUUAUUUCCCGAGA